AUGAUUACGUGGAACUACACAGAAGUUGAGGAAUUCAUUCUUCUGGGGUUGACCAGAAGCCCGGAGAUGCAGAUUAUUUUAUUUGUGAUAUUUCUUAUCAGUUAUGUUAUAUCCCUUAUGGGUAAUGUCCUUAUUAUUUUUAUCAGCAGGAUAAGCCCCCGGCUCCAUACACCCAUGUAUUUCUUCUUGAGUAACUUAUCAUUUUUGGACAUAUGGUACACCUCCAGUAUAGUUCCUAAAAUGCUCAAUAACUUUUUGUCAUUGAAGAAAAGUAUAUCGUUUCAUGGUUGUUUCACCCAACUGUUUAUACACCUCUGUUUAGGAGGCACAGAAUGUUACCUUCUCUUAGCAAUGGCUUAUGAUCGUUAUGUGGCUAUAUGCAGCCCCCUACACUAUACCACUAUUAUGCAUCCAAGCUUAUGCAAUAAAAUGGCAAGCGGCUGUUGGAUUGGAGGCUUUAUAAACUCAUUAACACACACAUUGUUUGCAUUGCGACUGUCAUUCUGUGGCCCAAAUGUCAUUAACCAUUUCUUCUGUGAAGUACCAUCUGUACUAGAGCUAUCCUGCACAGAUGCCUCUCUUAACAAGACCAUCUUAUUGAAAAUAAUGACAUGGAACUACACGAAAGUUGAAGAAUUCAUUCUUCUGGGGCUGACAAGCAAACCGGACUUGCAGAUUGUUUUAUUUGUGAUCAUUCUUAUCAUGUAUAUUGUUUCCCUUCUGGGUAAUGUCCUUAUUAUUUUUAUCAGCGGUACCAGCCCCCGUCUCCAUACACCAAUGUAUUUCUUCUUAAGUAACUUAUCAUUUUUGGACCUUUCGUUCACCACCAGCGUAGUUCCCAAAAUGCUUAGAAACAUUUUAUCACCAAAGAAUGGUAUAUCAUUCGGCGCUUGUUUCACCCAAAUGGUUGUGUACAUGUGUUUAGGAGGUUCCGAGUGCUGCCUUCUCCUAGCAAUGGCUUAUGAUCGCUAUGUGGCUAUAUGUAGACCAUUACACUAUACCGCCAUUAUGCAUCCAUGUUUAUGUAUUAAAAUGGCAAGUGGCUGUUGGAUCACAGGCUUUCUAAACGCAUUAUUAAACAUGUUCUUUGCAUUGAGAUUGUCAUUCUGUGGCCCAAAUGUUAUUAACCAUUUCUUCUGUGAGAUACCAUCUGUCCUAGAGCUAUCCUGCACAGAUGCUUCUCUUAACAGGACCGUUAUUUUCUUCUGUGCUAUGUUGGUGGUCAUGGGCCCAUUUUUUCUCAUUCUUAUAACAUACGGCUACAUUAUUUUCAAUAUUAUAAAAAUCACGACAUCCACGGGCCGAAAGAAGGCUUUCUCCACUUGUGCUUCACACAUGAUGGUAGUCACUUUAUUCUAUGGUACAAUCACUUUUAUGUACAUGAGACCUGGAGACACUCAUGUAGCCCACCAGGACAAAAUGGCCACCGUGUUCUAUAGUGUUGUGACUCCAGUGCUGAACCCACUUAUUUAUACCUUAAGAAACAAGGAAGUUAAAGGGGCAUUUCUGGGGAUUGUGAGAAAAAAGCAUGUGCCAUUAUAGGAACAUUAAAUAUGGUUGGAUAGUAGGAGUGGCGCUAUUUUAUUAAAACCCCAAAUAAACUAUUUCCUAUUUGGUUCUCAAAAAAUCCCUUACCUAAAAUGCAGUAGUGAAAAUUAUAUAAAUUAAAAAUCAAUUAAAUAAAUAAAUAUGACACUAAAUGCCUUUCCAAAGUGCAUGCGUGCCUGUGCGUUAAAUUAGUGAUUAUCUUAUGUGCAAAACCUGAAGCAUAAAGUUGCUUACGUGCAAACUAGCAAAAGGUGCUGCAAAUAUACAAUAGUCCAGAAAUAAAUGAUAUAAAAUGAAUAUGAGACGUGCAAACUAGCAAAAAG